GACCGGGAUGGCGACGGGCUCUGAAGCCCCCAGAUGAGGCCGCAGCAGCCAGGUUCAAACAAGAAAGGCUGACCCAAAUGGUACCAGGUGGGUGGGUGAGCCUCCUGGCCGAAGGAUGUGUGGGUGCAGGAAUUUUAGGUGACUUCAAAGGGAUAAGAGAACUCUUGGGGUCCCUAAAUAGAUAAGCCACACCUGACUCGGGAAACCCCCAGCAGCGCUGAAAAUAUUUGGUGCCCGAGAGGGUUAAGCGGGCAUGUGAGAUCACGUGUGCUUGCCCGCUUCCUGCAUUUCCACGACCCUCCGCAGGAGGCACGGCCUGAGAGAGGGGCUGUUCCCGCUGUCCUGACGUCCCUACACGUGUGAGCACACGUACCCACCUGCACCCACUUCGCCAGCUGAGGUGACACGUUCUGCCAGACAUCCCUCCCGCUGCCUCCCCAGCCCCGAGCAUCCCACCGGACAGGCUCGGUGGCGGGGGGCACUCCGCUUUCAGCGUGUCCCGAGAGAGCUCAGCACAGCCACGUGGUUGCUGUGACACGGGCACUGUCCCACCCGUGUCCCACCAGCACACGGGUGAGGCCCCUCGCCCCCCCACCAUGGCUCUGUGCUGCCUGUUGAGACCCUCGCGCUGGCACCUCCGCCCCCCGCCGCUCGCCCUGCUCGGCCCGGACCGCAGCCUGGGGACAACGACAAAGGGGAAAGGGAAGAAAAAGGCCAGGGAGGGCUGCAGCCUGCCAGAUCCGUCCUGGGAGGAGAGGUUAGCAAAUGCAGUGACUCCACUGUGGAGACUUCCCUACCAAGAGCAGCUGCAGGUGAAGUAUGAAAGCCAGAGGAAGAUUUUGCAGACACUGGCAUCUCGUCUUGAGGAGCUGGGCAUAGAUGCACAGAAACCUGGUGGGCUCUGCUGUCCUCUCCAGCCUGUAGUCCCUUCUCCCAUCAUUAAUGGCUACCGAAACAAAUCUACUUUCUCUGUGAACCGAGGACCAGAUGGGAACCCCAAAACUGUGGGGUUGUAUGUAGGAACUGGCAAAGCAAGAAAUAUUGUCUGUGUGAAAGCCAACCACAUGAAGAACAUGCCCUCAACACACAUACAAGUAGCCCAGUGCUAUGAAGAGUUCAUCUCUCGUUCCCCCCUGGACUCCUGCAUCCUUUUCCAUGAAGGUGGACACUGGCGGGAGCUCGUGGUUCGUACCACCAGCCGUGGCCACACCAUGGCCAUCAUCACUUUCCACCCCCAGGAGCUGGGCCAGGAGGCACUGGCUACUCAGAAAGCACUGCUCAAGGAGUUCUUCACGUGUGGACCUGGAGCAGUCUGUGCCUUGACUUCACUUUAUUUCCAAGAGAGCACCAUGACACGCUGCUCCCACGAGCAGUCUCCCUACCAGCUGCUCCACGGGGAACCUCACAUCUUUGAAGAACUGCUCGGCCUGAAGUUUCGCAUCUCUCCAGAUGCCUUUUUCCAAGUGAACACGGCUGGAGCAGAAGUUCUGUACCAGGCAGUUGGGAAGCUCUGUCAGACUACUGGGGACACUGUCCUCCUCGACAUCUGCUGUGGAACAGGCACAAUUGGUCUCUCUCUGGCUCGCCAGGUGUCCAAGGUCAUCGGUGUCGAGGUGGUGGAGAAGGCAAUAGAGGAUGCUAAGUGGAAUGCAGUGUUCAAUGGGAUCUCAAACUGUGAGUUUCACAGUGGGAAGGCAGAGGCCGUGUUACCACAACUCCUGGCGUCGUGGGAGGAUGCCCGGCCGCUUGUUGCUGUGGUGAACCCAUCUCGGGCUGGGCUACAUUACAGGGUCGUGCGGGCCAUCCGGAAUUGCAGGACGAUCCGCAGGCUGCUCUACAUCUCCUGCAAGCCAGAGGGUGAAGCCAUGAGGAACUUCCUUGAGCUGUGCUGCCCACCUGACUCACGGAAGAAGCUGACAGGAGAGCCGUUUGCCCCCGUGUUGGCAAUUCCUUUUGACCUGUUUCCUCAUACUGUUCAUUGUGAGCUGGUGCUGCUGUUCACCCGCUGACAGGGAGGCAAGUAUGCCAGCUGUGAGAGCUUGGGAAGCAACCUCCUACUGUGCUGGAGACUUGAGUCAAUGGAGUUAGGAUUUUAACUUAUUUUCUGGAUAGGUUGUAUAAAAAUAAAUAAUUUUGCUUUUUCUCUUA